UACUGAUGUGACAUCUACAGAUGGCUUAGCGGUUGAACACAGAGGAGAGCCGUAUGUACAUGAUCGGAUGAAGUAGCUAUAAAUAUGGCUACAGGCCGUACUGAUGUGACGCCUACAGAUGGUUCAGCAGUUGAGCACGGAGGAGAACCGAAUGUGUGUGAUCAGGUGAAGACUGAGGAGGAUAAAGUUCCUAUAAAUACGGCUACAGAUGAAGAUAACGCUGAUAUAGUGAAAGUUGAGAUAACAGAAGAUCUGUGUGUGAGGCGUCAGGUGGAAGCUCCAGAUUAUGAAACCAGUGACCGUAUCAGCCCAGAUGAAGAUAACGCUGAUAUAGUGAAAGUUGAGAUAACAGAAGAUCUGUGUGUGAGGCGUCAGGUGAAAGCUCCAGAUUUUGAAACCAGUGACCGUAUCAGCCCAGGGCGUAUGGAUGUUGCAUCUUCAGAUGGCUCAGCAGUUAAGCACAGAGGAGAAUCGUAUGUGUGUGAUCAAAUGAAGACUGAGGGGGAUGAAGUUCCUAUAAAUGCAGCUACAGGUAUAUUUACAAACUGCAGUAAUCCUAAUCAUGACCAGAGUGCUGAUACUUCUUUUAAUCUUCUUCAAAAUAAGAGAAGCCACAUGGGAUACUUAUGUUCUGAAUCUGGAAAAUCUUUUACCUUGAAAUCAGCUCUUGGUAAUCGUGUGAAAAUUCAUACAGAAAAGAAAGUAUUUUCAUGUUCUCACUGUGGGAAAUUUUUUACUCGGAAAUCAAAUCUUACUAAUCAUCAGAAAAUUCAUAUAGGAGAGAAAGCUUUUUCAUGUUCUGACUGCGGCAAAUGUUUUAUUCGGAAAUCAAAUCUUACUGAUCAUCAGAAAAUUCAUAUAGAAGAGAAAGCAUUUUCAUGUUCUGACUGUGGCAAAUGUUUUAAUGUGAAAUCAAAUCUCAUAAAGCAUCAGAAAAUUCAUACAGGAGAGAAAGCAUUUUCAUGUUCUGAGUGUGGCAAAUAUUUUACUCUAAAAUCAUAUCUCAUUAAUCAUCAGAUAAUUCAUACAGGGAAGAAAGCAUUUUCAUGUUCUGACUGUGAGUAAUGUUUUACUGAGAAAUCCUAUCUUAAUAGGCAUCAGAAAAUUCAUACAGGGGAGAAAGUAUUUUCAUGUUUUGACUGUGGGAAAUGUUUUACUCAGAAUUCAGAACUUAUUAGGCAUCAGAAACUUCAUACAGGAGAGAAAGCAUUUUCAUGUUCUGUGUGUGGCAAAUGUUUUACUCUAAAAUCAUAUCUCAUUAAGCAUCAGAUAAUUCAUACAGGGAAGAAAGCAUUUUCAUGUUCUGAAUGUGAUUAAUGUUUUACUGAGAAAUCCCAUCUUAUUAGGCAUCAGAAAAUUCAUACAGGGGAGAAAGCAUUUUCAUGUUCUGACUGCGGGAAAUGUUUUACUCAGAAAUCACAUCUUAAUAGACAUCAAAAACUUCAUACAGGGGAGAAAGCAUUUUCAUGUUCACACUGUGGGAAAUGUUUUACUCUGAAAUCACAUCUUAAUAGACAUCAAAAACUUCAUACAGGAGAGAAAGAAUUUUCAUGUUCUGACUGUGGGAAAUGUUUUACUCGGAAAUUAUAUCUUAUUACUCAUCUGAAAAUUCAUAUUAAAGGAAAUAUGUGAAAUCAGCACUUAAGAGUAUGACACAGUUGUCAUCUGCACAAUGUCUAUAGUACUUAUAACUACAUGUCGUCCUCUGUGGUACCCACUUUUGGGACAGUUUGAGGCCCUUCAGUACCUCAAGCGCUUAUAAGAUGGCUCUGGGGAUUAGGUUUCCAUAGCCAAGUGAUCAUAUGGCACACAAAAAAAUGUGUUUUAUUUCAGUAAAAGUUCAUAUAAGGGGGGCCAAAUGUGUAGAUCAAAGUUAGAUAAAAAAAAAUAUCAAAAGGCCCUUAUUUAUAUGUUGAUAAAUCCAACUUUGAAAUGUAGGUACUGUUUGAGGACAUUAUAGUAAGCUGAUCACUGAGGUGACAAUAUUUCCCUAGCUGGAAUUUAAAUUGACCAGGUGUAUACGUUAACAUCGGCUAAAUAAAAUGCAUUGUGCUGAAAUAUAACAAAAAUUAAAAAAAUAUAUAUUUUGAUUUUCAAAUACUAAUUUUUAUUGGCAAACUAAAUUAUUCUCCAUUUCUUCUUAUUUUACAAUGGUUACCUAAUACAGUCACAUUGUAUUGUUUACAACUGUGUUUAUUAAAAUUGUAAUAAAAAUAUAAUUUUUUCA